UUAUUGGAUUUUUUACGUUGCUACUGGUGUAGGGUUACUUGUAAUUCGAUACAGAGACAGAGUGCGUAAUUUAAACAAUGAAAAUGAUCAAGAAAUUAAUCGCGAAGGAAAUGAAGCAAUUUUAUUUAAAGUUCCAAUAAUUUUAACUGUAAUUUUUAUAUUUUCUGGUUUAUAUAUACUGAUAUUUUCCUUCGUUGUUAAUGUUCAAUGUCCAAAUUCUUUACCACCUAAUUCAGACGAAUGUAGAAAUUAUUUAAGAGCACAAAGUGUUCAUAAAAUGUCGCCAUUUUUUAUUAGUUAUGGAUUUCUUUUUAUUGCUUUAAUAUUUUGGUAUCAUUAUUGGUGGAAAACUACUAAGCAAUUAAUGAAACAAAUUGAAAUAUAA